AUGGCAACUCUGGAAAAGACAACAGAACUUUGGACUUCGAUUUCUGUCUGGGUAGCUACCUCUGAAUUGGGCUGGACUGGAUAUGUCUGUGCUGGAUUGAAUUAUCAACACCUUCAACUGAUGAGUUUCAGCUGGAAAUCGAUACCAACGUUUGAGUUUGGCAGAGUCUCAAUUUAUUUCGAACUGUGGAAGGCUUGUUGUAUGGGCAAAAUUGAGGCCUCUUUAGUCUGA